UUGAAAUAUUCUCAUGCUUGUGAGCAAACAGGCACACUUAGUAUAACAUUAUACUCUGAGAACUGAAGCAGGUUUCGAGUCAGAUUCAUGGCGAGCAAGAAAGCAUUCGGGGUGCUCUGGAUAUUACUGUCGGCGUGGAUUUGUGCAGGAAAAAUCAGUGGUCGCGGUAGGAGUUGUGGUUUUCCGGCUAUAUACAACUUUGGUGACUCAAAUUCGGACACAGGAGGAAAGUCGGCCGCCAUGUGGGAAAUUGUUCCACCUAAUGGAGAAACAUUCUUUGGCAAGCCUUCCGGGAGAUUCUGCAAUGGCCGCAUUGUUUUAGAUAUUAUUGCUGAGCGCUUGGGAUUGCCUUAUUUGAGUCCAUAUUUGGAUUCAAUUGGUACAAAUUUCAGGCAUGGUGCAAAUUUUGCGACAGGAGGCUCGUCCAUUCUUCCAGGCGGCUACAGCCCAUUUGAUCUGGACAUUCAAAUAGGUCAAUUUAUGCAGUUCAAGUCGCGUACCAGUGCACUGUAUAAGCGGCUUAGUCACAAUAGAACAUUACUGCCUCUCCAGAACAUUCUCCCCAGACCGCGGGACUUCUCAAAGGCUCUGUACACGUUUGACAUUGGACAGAAUGAUCUUAAUUAUGGUUUCCAAUAUACAAAUGAAACGCAGGUCUUAGCAUCCAUUCCUGGCUUGAUAACCAAGUUUUCCCAGGCAGUAUCUCAACUGUACAACGAAGGGGCAAGAUUUUUCUGGGUUCACAACACUGGACCACUUGGCUGCUUGCCUUAUAAUGUUAUAUAUGAUCAAUCAAAGCUUAAUGAUCUGGACAGACACGGCUGUGUGGCUAAUCAGAAUAAGGCGGCUCAAGAAUUUAACAGGCAGCUCAAGGACAAAGUUUUUAGGCUGAAAGCACAGCUCCCCAACUCAGCAUUCACAUAUGUAGAUGUCUAUUCGGCAAAGUACAAACUCAUUAGUGAUGCAAGUAAUUACGGUUUUGAGGAUCCACACAAAUUCUGUUGUGGCGGCUAUUAUGGCUUUCAAGUUAAUUGUGGUGCAAAAGCAGUUGUGAACGGAACUGUCUAUGAGAAUCUGUGUACUGACCCCUCGAGGUAUAUUAGCUGGGAUGGGAUACACUACUCCCAGGCAGCAAAUCUUUUUAUUUCAAAACUCAUUCUCAACGGCUCUUUAUCUACACCUCCAAAUUCACUAGCAGAGGCUUGUCAAAAUCCCCAGAAACUGUAAUAAUCUUGGCAUCAACUAUAAACAGUCAGCUUUACUACCAAAUAAUACAUUGUAAUUGUCAUUA